UAAUACGAAUAAUAGCAUGCGUGCAUCCGUGGCGAGGAGAGGGGAGGAGUGAUCCAAGCAGCAGUUUACAGGGCGUAUGAGGAAGUUCUUGUGUGAAGCAAGAGGAUCUAAAGCGUAAUAACCGAGCUGCGGUGCUAAGUCCUUCGGAAAAAAAUGCCUGGAAAGAAAGUCUGCAUCGUUGGAUCUGGAAACUGGGGCUCCUCCAUCGCCAAAAUCAUCGGGCACAAUGUCAAGGCGUCCAACCGCUUCGACCCCAUGGUCAACAUGUGGGUGUACGAAGAGAUGAUCGAUGGGCGGAAGCUCACAGAGAUCAUCAACACGGAGCACGAAAAUGUCAAAUACCUGCCCGGUCACAAGCUGCCGAGGAAUGUGGUUGCCGUCCCAGACAUCACGGAGGCCGUGAAAGGAGCGAAGAUCCUCGUCUUUGUCAUCCCGCACCAGUUCAUCGCCAAACUCUGUGAUCAGAUGAAGCCUCACAUCACGGAGGGCACCAUCGGGAUAUCGCUCAUCAAAGGUGUGGAUGAAGGACCACAGGGACUGAAGCUCAUCUCGGACAUCAUCCGAGAAAAACUAGAGAUCGAGGUCAGCGUCCUGAUGGGGGCCAACAUCGCCAGUGAGGUGGCAGACGAGAAGUUCUGUGAAACCACCAUUGGGGCCAAAAAUGAGGCAAACGGCCGUAUCUUCAAAGAACUGUUACAGACUCCCAACUUCCGCAUCACAGUUGUGGCCGAGAGUGACACAGUGGAGCUGUGUGGAGCCUUAAAGAAUAUCGUGGCAGUAGGCGCUGGAUUCUGCGACGGCCUCGGUUUCGGCGACAACACCAAAGCGGCGGUGAUCCGGCUGGGUCUGAUGGAAAUGGUCGCCUUCGCCAAAUUGUUCUGCAAAGACCAAGUGAGCUCCUCCACCUUCCUGGAAAGCUGUGGCGUGGCCGACCUCAUCACCACCUGCUAUGGAGGACGCAACCGUAAAGUUGCCGAGGCCUUUGUCAAGACGUCCAAGUCCAUCGUCGAGCUGGAGGCAGAAAUGCUCAACGGCCAGAAGCUUCAGGGUCCACAGACGUCAGCGGAGGUCUACAGGAUCCUACAGAAGAAGGACAUUGUCAAUGAGUUUCCUCUGUUUGUUGCAGUCUACCAGAUCUGCUUUGAGGGCAAAGAGGUGAAAGAGUUCAUCACCUGUCUGCAGAAUCACCCGGAGCACAUGUGAUGUGACCCGUCCGCAGACAUGUUCGCCGCUGCUCCCUCAGUGACAGUUCACUAUCACUAGGGGGUGAGAGAGAUUCAUGAGAUAGAAACGCACAAUACAUCAAAGCCAAAUGUUGUAAUGUAACAAAUGACACUAUUUACUUCAUAUUAUUCUUGAUUGGUAACAUUUCGUAGUGCAACCUUUAUUUCAUUAGUUUCAAAAGCAAUUUAUUUAAUUGAUUUUACAUUUAUAUUGUGAAAGGCUCUGUCAUAUUCUUUUAACUCUUGUGGGGGAAUAAAGAAAAUAUCAAUCAAAUAAAAAUCAGUAAGAUGUAAAAGAUUUUCAACAUUGGAAUGUAUAAAUCCUUUCUAAGGCUGAUCACUCCACUUGUGUUGCCGUGAUAGCCAUAAAAUACCCUUUUUGUCUGACUUGCAUUUCAUUAAAUGACUGGGUUAACAAUUUAAUUUAAAAAUGUAAUAUUAAGGAUAUUCAUUUUUUAUCUUUGUGUGGAGUUGUUUUCUCAAUAAACGCACUUAAUGACAAAUUGA